ACACUCACACAGACACACACAGACCCACACAAACACAUACAAACACUCAUCUACAUCAGGCAGAUCAUCAUAAAAAACAACCAUCCAAAAAAUAUAGAACACAAAUUGCCCAUUUUGUCUGUUGAAUAUUUAAUGGAAUUUGCGUAACCUAUUAGCGUAUCAUAUUGUACGUAAAUCGGAUUGAUGGCGACCUCUAUUCGCAUAAGAUGAAAUAUUCAACUUUGACAAUCAACACGCAACACAUGGUUCACAUCCAUGUAAUCAAGGCACAUACACAACGAAAAACAGAAGAACAACAACCAAUGAAUUGACAGAGCCAACGAUUUUGAUGCACCGAUACUUCUCUCUCUCUCUCUCUCUCUCGUGUAUACGACCGAUGAAAAUAUAAACAAUUGGACAUUUUUCACGCUGUUUACUAAAACCGAAUCACAUUCUCUUUUACGUCUUAUUCAUUUUGAAUUGAUUUAGUGAAUUAAACAACAUUCAAUAGUAAAAAUAGCUUGGCUUACGCACAAAUCAUGACAUUUUAUUGAAUAUUUAAUGUUUACAAUUAUUUCGCCGAAAUGGAACAACCAUUGAUGUUUACGCAUUUAACGCGUGUUGAAAAUUUCUCCGUUUUCGACACCAAAUGGAUACCACAAACUGCGAAAUUCGUCGCAAUUGGCGGCCGAGCCAAUGGUACGGGUCUAAUCAAAGUGUUCGAAUUAAAUGGCAAUCAGAUUGAUGUAAUUCGUGAGAUAAACAAGAAAAACACAUUCAAAUGUGCGGCUUUUGGUCUAUCCCGAACGAAACAAGCAUAUUUGGCGAUUGCUGAUUUUGGCGGUUCACUGCAUAUUAUAAACGUGGAUCGAUUGGAUGGAUCAGUUUAUAAUGUGAAUGCUGCUCACAAUGGAAUCAUCAAUGCCAUCGACACUGCCGGUUGUAUAGAGAAUGGGGGCGCAUCCGAAAUAGUGACUGGUGGACAAGAUGGGUUGGUUAAAGUAUGGGAUCCGCGAUCCACUGAUGCUGUCGUGCAAAUUGAAUCCACCACAGAUGACAAAAGUGGUUCGCGUGAUUGCUGGUCGGUUGCAUUUGGAGAUUCGCACAGUAAGGAUGAACGUUGUGUUUGCGCUGGAUAUUCGAACGGUGAUAUUCGGGUGUUUGACUUGCGAACGCUACAGAUUCGAUGGGAGUCAAAUGUACGGAAUGGUGUGUGCGGCCUCGAAACAAACAACAAAUAUGAACCAUUACAGAAGCUAGUAGCUAGCACCACAUUCGGUGGUUUGAAUGUGUUCAAUUUUAAUGGCAAUUCCACUGAUAGCUCAACCGUAUCGUGUGUUAGUAAAAUGGACGCCGAUGAACUGCUGAGCAUCCAACGAAAUCAUCAUAGCGAUAGUAGUCACAAAAAUAUUACGCCAACCAUUUGGUGUGUUCGUCAUCUACCUCAAAAUCGAAACAUUUUCGCAUCGUGUGGUGGUAGCGGAAAUCUUCGAUUGUGGCACAGCCCAAAACAACGCCCUCUACCCGGAUCAAAUGGGCUGAAAAUCAUUUACGAACUGUCUGUUAGCAACAAACCGGUGAAUUGCUUCGACUGGAGCCCGGAUCGUGCUGGUCUAGCCAUAUGCAGUUCAUUCGAUAAAACACUGCGAGUCAUUGCAUCGGUCAAUUUGCCAUCGGGCCAAUGAAAAACAUUUUAAUGAUACCCAGUUUAUAUGUUUUUUUUUCUUCGUUGCAAUGAUUUAACUUUUAAAUCUUGUUGAUGGAAACAAAGAAAUAUAUUUUUUCCGAUCAUUGUAGAUGUAAAUAAAAUCGUAUUUUAUGAAAUCAUUUCGAAAGUCAAGUUAAAUGGAAGUCAAAAGAAAUUGUAAAACGCUUGGAAAUGCAUUUUUGAAAAUAAAACACAAAUAAAACACUUAGACACAUGAG